CAAUCCGAAUAACUUAGAUUUCUGGAAAUGCUCCCUGAAAGUCGAUGUUCCGUACUUUUUUCGUUCAGAUUAUAGUUUAAUUUUGAUUAGAAUUGAUGAGUUUCGACCACAAACUUCUAUUCUUUUGCAUUUUAACUUCAGGACUGUGUAAGAUAUAAAGAGAGCGUGGAAAAUACAUAAAUUUCCCAUCAUUCCCUGUGUUCAAAAUGGAAAACCUUGUGGUAGAAGUUUGCGGGGCAAAUGGAGCAUUUUAUCAGGCACAAGUAAAAAAUGUAUAUGAUGAUGAUGAAGUUCUUGUUACAUUUGAAAACAACUGGCAGCCUGAUCAGAGAGUUAAGUUUGGUAAUGUACGCUUACCACCAAGUGACCAAUCAAAGAAGACAGAAUUCAAGGAAGGAGAGAUUGUGGAGGUUUUUACCCGAACCACUGAAAGUGAACAAUGUGGGUGGUGGAAAGCCAAAGUGAAAAUGUUAAAGGGUGAAUUUUGUGUGAUAGAAUAUAUCGGAUGGGAAGGAUCAUCAUAUAAUGAUAUUGUUCCACUAGAUCGUAUUCGUUCUCUUAACCAAAGUGCACCAUUUAAAAACAGUUUCUUAAAGUAUUCCAUACCUAUACCAGAGGAUCUAAGAGAAAUUUGUUGUGAAGAAAAUGCACAUGUAGAAUUUAUUAAACAUUGUGGUCCAUCUUCUAUUAUAUAUAACGAAACAGAGUGUUCAUUAGUUGUAAUUUCUACCUGUGAAAAUGUAAUAAAGAAAGCCACAUUGUUGUCAGAUAUGCAUUUAAAAAAUUUACGUCAGAAGUUGUUAUUAAAGCAAAGAACGGACGAAGCUGUUAAAAGAUUACAGAGUUCAAAAGUGCGAUCAGGAUAUAUGGAGGAGUUUACAGUACGAGAAGAUUUAAUGGGAUUGGCUAUAGGUUCCCAUGGUGCUACCAUACAACAAGCUAGGCAUGUUGAGGGUGUGACUGGAAUAGAAUUAGAUGAGAAAUCCUGUACUUUUAAAGUAUAUGGUGAAUCACAGGAAGUAGUAAAAAAAGCGAGAGCAAUGUUAGAAUAUGGAGAAGAAACAUUACAAGUGCCAAGGGAAUUAGUAGCAAAAGUAAUAGGAAAAAAUGGUAGAAAUAUUCAGGACAUUGUUGAUAAAUCUGGUGUUGUUCGAGUCAAAAUAGAAGGGGAUAAUGAGGCAGAAGUGCCACGACAAGAGGGACAAGUGCCUUUCUUGUUUGUUGGAACAAUGGAAAGCAUUGGAAAUGCUAAAAUUUUAUUAGAGUAUCAACUAGAUCAUUUAAAGGAGGUAGAAAAAUUAAGACAAGAAAAGAUGGAAAUAGACCAACAGUUACGAAAUUUAUCUGUCUCACAACCAGGGCCUUACUUCCCACCACCAAGGGAAAGGAGAAGUAGUAAUGACCCUUACUCUGAUGAAAGAGGUAGACGAGGUGGAUCUGGUAGAGGAAGAGGACGUGGAGCUAGACGAUGGGCUAAUGAAAGACGAGGAAUGAAUUCUGGUGACGAAUCUUUAUCACGCCCCAUAGGUGACUGGUCUGAGGAAGUAGCAGAGGAGGAACGGCAGAGAGGUUACAAUACAGAUAGUGUUCUCUCAGGGAGACAACGUGGACGUGGUCGAGGUAGAGGUCGAGCUUAUCCAUCAUAUAGAAUGUCAGAACCAUUCAACAGAAGACAACCAUACCAAUAUCAUUAUGGACCUGAAAGUUCUUAUGACACAGACGAAAACAGAGAUUACUCGCGGCGGCGAAGAACUGAUGAUGAUGAUACAGUAUUAGACAAUGCUAGUGUUACUAGUCAAGAUCAAGACAGCCAAUCAGGUCGAGAAAGAAGGCCACCAGAGAGAAGACGAAAACGAAAUAAUAGAAGAAGUCGUUAUCCUGGUAAUGGUACAGACACAGGAACAGAAACCGAUACUAGUGCUUCAAAUUAUCGUGGUGCUCCAAAUAAACUUCAGUCAGCCCCAACACAAACUGUAAAGUCUGAACCAUCUGCUAAUUCAUCAGACACCAGAGCAAAUGGUAAAAAUAGUACAGGAAAUGCUGGGUCGCAAGCAUCAUACUCUGCUCCUAAGGAGCAGAGGGAGCCACGUAGUAAACCUAGCGGAGGUAGUUCAAGACCACCAAUGCCAGCAAAGAAUGGUGUUCGGCCCAGUGGUAGUGAAUCAGAUUCAAAAGGGGGGAAACCCAAACAGAGUUCAGCACCAAAGACAAAGGAACAGAUGGUGAAUGGAGAAUAGUCCUCUGACUGUGAAAAGUUGAAUCAAGUCAGCCACAAGACAAGAACAGCUGACAGUGGCUUUCUCCUCCCAUUCAUGACCCCCAGAAAUGACGACUUUACUACUGAUGUUGAAAUGUUAAUUUAAUUCAUACAUCAAAAUUUGUUGAAAUCUCAAAUAUGAAAAAAAAUGCUGAAUUAUAGCAAAUAUAUUACUUAAUUUUAGGCAUUUGAUAUCAUUUGUUUGUGAUUUAGUUUUUAGUUAUGUUAACAAAAUAUUUGUAAACUCCUUUUUAAAAUUAAUACAUGUUGAAUCAACUGUUAGGGCUGUUAAAUAAAACAUGCAUGAUGCUCUGACAAGAAAGAUACUUUAAAAAUUGAUAAAUUACCAAUAUAAAUAUUUUCUGUAAGGAAGCACUCACUAUCAAAGUGGGUUCUCCUUGGGUGACCAAGAAACUAUAUGAUUCUUAAGUUAAGUUUUAUUUGCUCUUUAAAAUUUUUUUUUUAAAAAUUCAAAAAUUGUAAAUAAAUACACAAGAGUGAUUAAAUUUUAUUGAAUUUGGUUGGAAAUACAAGAACAUGUAUUACACAAAUUAAGAUUGAUAUCAAAUGUUUAAACCAUUUUACCUAAACUUGAGGGAAUACUUACUAGAAAUGUAACUUUUAUCAUGUCUGAAAUUCAUAGUUUAAAACAUUCUGUGGAGAGAGAAAGAGUGAAGAUCUCUCUACGUUUGUACAAAAUGAAACAUAAAAACUAUGCAUUUGGAACCAGUAUUAAAUAUUUCAUUGCUCGCUUAUUGUGGAUUCAUUCACCUAAAUAGCUAUCAUGGCUUCUCAAAAAAAAUGAUAAGUUGCUUUUCAAAUUUACACCAUUUUCUCUAUUGAGAAAUAUGAAUUCAUUAUCUAUUAGUAGGACUGUGAAAUAUUAGAGCAUGAGAAGUAAGAAUCAACAGUUAGCAAUACUAAAUGCAUAGUUACAGAGAGUUAUUUGGUAUUUUUAAUGUUUAUUAAGAGUUAGUAAUUUAUUAAUGCUUUGAAUGAAUAUAUAGUAAAAUCCUAUUCACUCAAUACUAUUCUAUGGGCAUGUUUCAAAGAGAGAAAUUGUAUUUGAAGCAUUAGAUAAUAGAACAUUUAACUUUGUAGUUCAGUGAUGAAAUAUGCCUACUUCCAAAAGAGUUUUGUUUUCAAUAGUUGCUUUUGAGAAAACGAAGCAUUAUGAAUUUCAGACAUGAAUAUAAACAAGGUAUAACUGUUGGCUAAUUAAGCCUUUGACAUGGAUUUUAUAUACAUAUAAACAUCUGAAAGCUAUAUUAAUAAAUUAGAAACAGUAGGUUUCUAUCUUUUAUUUUUGGAAUGUAUCGUAUUAUAAUAUUGUUGACUAUUUAAGAGACAAUUGGUGUGUGUUAAUGUCAUACUCAAAAUUUAUCCAUUUAUUGGUUUAGGAAUUUUUUAGUAGUGGUCACCCUAUUAUUGAUAUGAAGUCUAUUUGUGGCAUGUUCCUUAAUACUCAAUAAUCCAUGAUUGGAACAAAUUGAUGUCACAAUAGGUUUGUGCACAUAAAGAUGAUAAAGUCUUCAAUAGGAUAAUUUUUUUGUAAUACAAAUUCCAAAGGAAGAGCUUCAUACUAAAAAUGUGUGCACAAUCAAUGCUUUCACAACUCUAUAAAAUAACAAAAAAAAGAACCAUUUGAUUCUGAUAAUUACAUUUAUAUGUUUAACCAUCAAAAUAUGAGUUAUGUCAAGCUUUUCAUUUGUUUUCUAUGCAUUGCUGUGACGUCUUUGGAAGCAUGUGCAGUCAUGCGAAUGAUGCAUUUUAUUGAGAAAUAAAAUUUGAUUUUGGAAAGCUAGUUAUUGUUAUCAACCAAUCAAAAUAUGGAUUCUUAGGAAAUAUACAUGUAAUGUAAUUAUGUUCUAUGUUCAAUUUUCUGAUAUGAUAUAUUCAUAAAGAAGAACUUAUGCCAGUUAUGGUAGAUUUUUGUUAAGUUUGUUGGUUCAUUAGUAGCCUCGUAUUUCUGUUUUUUUUUAAUUCUAAAGCUUUGGAACUUUCAAAUGUAAAGUUUUCUGGUUAGGUGUAUUUAUAAAGACUAUCUAAACCAUUUAUAUUUGGUAUGCUAUUAGCAUUUCUACACAUAUCAGCUUUAAGCAGAAUAUAAGACUCCACCUUUUUAGUUAUGCCUUGAUGGCUUUGGAAGUUUCUUAUUUUAUAAAUGGUAAUUUUUCCAAGUGUGUUUCAGAAUGUACUUACAACAGACCAUUGGUACAUGAUAUGCUGUUCCAUUAGCUUUUAGGCCUCUUUAGAAUUAUAUUCCGUCCUCUAAAACUACAACGGAGCAAGAAUUAUUCUACUUGGGGUCAUGAAUAAUCGUGUUUUGCUUGUAUAUAUUUCAUAUUGUUAAAUUAAUUAAGAAUGUUUGUAUAUAAGGUUGGUUUUAAGUUGCUUCAUUUGUUAUUUAUUUGUUUCCAUGGAAUCAUCCUUGCUCUGCUUGUUAGAUUGAUUUAUACCUGUAGAAUCAUAUCCAAAUAUAUAGAAAAACAUGUACUCACAUUUUAUCAAGCAUCUAUUUAUUUCACAUAAAAAACAUUUGUACCUUGAAAUUAUAUGAAUCCACAGCAUGUGUGACAAGAAACUAGAUUAUGCAUAAUUGUAAAGAAUACUGUGUUUAUAUUGUUAUAAGUAACCUAAUUCAGUAAAUAGUUUUUAGGGUGUUUCUUAUAGUUCACAUGUAGAUAAUUCAAUGAGAGGAUUUUUCUGAGAUACUGCACUAGCAAGGAAAUUAAAUUUUGUAUGUGUUUUUGCUCAUUGUUGAAGACUUUCUGGUAACCUGUAUUUGUUUACAUUCUGUGCUGUGGACACUUGUGGAUAGUUUUCUCAUUGGCAAUCAUACCACAACUCCUUAUUUCAAUUUGGUUUUUUCCAAAUAUUCACUUAUUGUAAAUAUUAUCAUUUUGUCUGCAGUUCAAUAUCUUUUUGAGAGUGAAUUAUGAUAAACAUACAUUUGGUGGUCUCUUAAGGUGUUCUAAUGUAUGCUUAAAUAAUCCCUACAACAAUUUUGUUCAUCAGAAACUAUGUUGAAUGUUAACCUAUGGAAGUUUUCUCUUGCAUGCAUUAAAAAAUAUCAUUCCGGUGUGAAAUAUUUGACCAAUGAUUACACCUUUUUUUACCUUUUAUUGAUUUUUGUCAUUGGAAUAGAAGAAUUGGAUAUGAAUUAAUCAUUUGAAAAAAUUAGUUGUUAAUAACUCAAUUAUAUCAGUAAAAAUUGUGUAAUGGCAGAAUUUGAGCAGUUAUGAAAAAGAACAUUUUGAAUUAAAUCUUUAAUUCAGAGAAUCCUCAAAAGGUUCAUUUUGCAAGUCAGAUUCUUCCUUUCUUAAAAUGUCCCCUGCUGCCUUAUAUUACAGUUUUCAUAUUAUGGUAACAUAUUUAUGGUUCAGACUGGAAAAACAACACUUAUCAACUAUAGAACUCAAAAUGAAGUAAAAACGGUAAAAUUUGUACAUUCAGGGGAAAAUCGAAUUUUGUCAUUGUCAUUUUAAUAACACCUGCUAUUGCAUGAAUUAACAUGUAUAAAAGUUUUGCUGAAUUUUGUUAUGAAAUGCAGUUAUUUACUUUUUUGUUGUACUCAAGGCAUUCUAUCACACAAAAAUAUUGGUUGUAUCUCUUCAUGAUCGUUAGUAUAAAUAAAUUGUUUAUAACAGGGUAUUAGAAAUAACUAAUGCCACUAUUGACAUUUUCGUUUUCCACUUUAUUGAAUGAACUAUUCUAUUCUCUGAUAAAUUUACUGGUAGUGCCUUGAACAAGAUGUUCAUCUUGGUCUGAUAGUUCUACCAUAGUAUCAAACAAUUAUUUAUAUCAAAUUGUAAUAGGUGGCUCAUACAAUUCAUGGUCAGGUCAUCAGAGUUCUAAUUAUAACUGUUUUCAUUGGCUGUAGUGCAUGGUCUUUAGUUUGAUUAAUAUGAAAUCACAAAAACUGGCAGUGCUGUAGAAACUAGGUACAUAUAUCUGUAAAAACAGAAAUGUUUAUUUAUUUUAAAAACUUGACAAAUAAAGAACUGUCUUUUUUGUUUUUGUUUGGUUAUAUAUAAGAAAGAUGACUAUCAAUUUUGGAUUUCUUACUUUUUUCAAUCAAUUAUUUAUCAGUUUAAUGAAGUUAGGUUACUUGAUUUACCAAUGAAAUCAUUGCCAGUUUUUGAGAUUUCUAUAACCUUACAAGUAUUAUGUCUUCAUUUAUGUGUAGACAUUCCAAAUUAAAGCUUUCAGAUGUUUAUACAUUGUUUUUUGCCAGAUUUGACAUUUAUUCGUACAAGUGUGAAUGAUGGUAUUUGGAAUUGUAUGCUUGUGUUUAGUUUUGAAUUGUAUGCUUGUGUGUAGUUUUCAAUUAAUAGAAGUACUUAAGAAUAAAAAAAAAACCAUAUCACAAUUUCCAUAGUUUGUUGGCUUACUGAACUAUGUUAGGACUAUGUGAUACCUACUCAUGAUUGAAAAAUACAUAGUGAUUUUCUAAUUGCAUUGAAGUUUCAGAGUUUUUCUUGAUUGUGAAUAAAGAUUGCAUUGCAUGUUUUUGUUAGAGAUGCAGUUUUAUAUGGCAAGUAAUGUAGCAUGUGCUUCAUGUUUGUGCCAAAUAAAUCAAGUUCACUAUGAAGUAUUUUUUUUAGAUUUUAAUGCAUAUGAUUGGUGUAAAUAUAAAAGAUUGUCAACACAUUUUACAUUUGGAGACUUUACAGGAAAACUUAUAACAUAAUUGAUAUCCUUAAUAGUUAAAUAUUAUCAACAAAAAAUUAAUUGUGCCAAAGUAAAACAAACUUUAAAGGAAGAAAUGUUAUAUCAAAAAAGUGUGAAUACAGAAUAUAGCAAUAGAUUAUGAAAAGAACUGCGAUAUUCAGAAUGUGCAAUUUCUGUCUUUUUUCAGUUGAACUAUUGAUAUCAGGCGUUAUAAAGCAUUGUAAUUGAAGUAAAUAUUGAAAAGGAGAAGGUAUGAAAAGUCCUAUUUCUUUGGCCCCUUGAAUUUAAAACUAAGAAGAACUAUGUAUCUAUCAAACAAACCUUCAGAUGUUCACAAGACGUUAGUCUGUCAGUUAUCAGUAUUUAUAUUAGUAAUCUUGUCUUGCAUAUUUUCUUUAAACCUUUAAAACUAAAAAAAUCAAAGCACUGUUAAUGUCUCAAACCAGCCAAUCUCACUUGAUCACAAAAAGUAGCAUGUCCUUACAUGUAAAUUAUUACUUUAAAUCAUUUCUUAACAAAGGAUUUAUUGAAAGCAAUUGUUGGAUUGUGUUUUCUCAAGUAUAGAAAGGGAUAUAUAUGUGACUUGGUUAAAAAGUCUCUAACUUUUGUUUUUGUAGAUCUGAUUUUAGACAAGCAAAAUUCUGUUAUCUGAAUGGAGCACAAUCAACAGUUAAGUAAACUUUUAAAUGUCAUCUUAUAUAAUUUUGGAUAACUGAGAUUGAUUGAAUACAGCUUACAUGGAAUUUUAUCUAAUUACUUCUACAAGUAUAAGAUGCUGAUAAAAUACUAUAAUGAUUUUAACUGUUUGAAAAUUAUAUCUUACCUUUUUACCAAAUCAUAAACAGUAAUAUUUUAUAAAUUUUUAUCAACAUAGAAACUACUGGUAUAUGCAAGUGUAUUUAAUUAAAAUAAUUUAAUUGGCAUAACUUCAAACUAUUUAAUUUUUCAUUUAAUGGCAGAUUACAUAUGAUAAGCUGUUUAUACUGUCUGUAAGUUAUUAAAACAUCUAUGGUUUGAUAACACAUGCCUUUCAAUCAAAUUCUGUCCUAUCAUAAAAUCUGGAGUAAUGACAUAGAGUAAAAUUGGCCGACUCAAACUGAUAAAAUAACAUUAUUUUCAGAUUUGUCAUAUAUAUGAACAACAGCCUCAAUGUAAAGAUAUUUUGCUGCAAGAUAUCUUAUACAAAGAAGUUAAUAUGAGUAAAACAUCUUUGUUCGUAAGUCUGUUGCCAGAUAUCUUAUUUUUUCCAUAAACUUUGUGUACUGAAAACUCGGAAAUUUUUGCUAAGUUUUUAUUAUUGCAUAAAUUGCAAUUGAAUAGGUUUCGCAAAAAUAAAUUUUCUGAUAUUGUAAUAAUUAAUCCUUCAUUUUUGUUCAUUGAUCUACAAUCACAAUAAAUGAAUGCACAUGAAGAGAAUAUGAAUUAAAAGACACAUGGAGUGACCAGAAUACCAGUACAGUUACCUAUUUAUAGAUCAAUAAAAUUUAUAUCAAUUGACUAUUUUUACUUGUUAAGGUCCUAAAUAAUGGUUCAUAUCAUACCUUCUCCUCUCCAUACUGUAGCCUUUAAACAAUUUUACAUUUCUUUUUCUGGCAUACUUUUCUUCAUUGUAGGACAAUCAGGUUGAUGAGAAAAAAGCCAUUAUUUGGUGAUUAUAUUCUGAUCAAAGAUUAAGAGUGUACAAAUAUGUUUAAAAUGAUUUCUAAAUUUUCAAUAUGAACUUAGUACAAGAUUUAGAAGUUCAGCUUUUGACUGAGAUGUUAAUCAGAAGAAAAGUCUGAAGUUUUUUUUUCUUCCAAUAACAGAAACUUUAGUCAUGAGAUCUGUUAGUAUAUCAAAAUUAGAAUAUAAUUGAUUUGAUUUUGUCUUUUAGUGGGAUAUAUAAAAUACAAGAGAGGUUAGAAAUUAAAUUUUAGGAUAGGUAGUUGUUAUUUUACACUUAGAUUUCUGUAUUUGGUUAUUUUUCCUCUGUUUAUCUGACAUAAGUUAUGUAUCAUUUAGAUAUUUUUCUCCCGAUCCAGUAUGUAUUUCAAAGUAUAUUAAAUUGACACAAUGAUUGACUUACUGAUGAAGGACAACAGUCUAAAAUGAUAUUUUAAUUGCAUAAAAACUAUACACUUAUAUGAAGUAUCUUAUAUUACUGGUAUUAAACAAUGCAAAGGAAAGUAUACACUGUGACUUUGAGAUGAAGAACAGCUAUACAAAUGCUGUAUUGAGUUUUGUCAUUGGUGUAAAGAUUGUGUGAACUAAUACACCACCAUAUUCUUUCUUUUACAUGAUAUCUCAACAAAAUUCUGUGGUUUACCAUAAUGUACAAAACUGAAGUAAUAUAAAAUUAUCAAAGAAUUUAUGAAACAUAUGAAUAUCGCUUAUAUUAAGGUAAUGUAAUAAAGUUUUGAUAAUGUGGUUGUUAAGAGAAACAGAUGAUCAUCUCAUUAAUUAGUAAUAGAAAUACUUUCAUUGUUAGCCGUUACUUCUGUAUUAUUGACACUAUGCAUAGAGGUCAGUGUUAUUGCUUUGAAUAAUACAAUUGUGUUAUAACCAUCAGAGGUAAGACCAUUUACAUUGGACAAGAUCUGUUUGAUAAUAAUAAUAUUUUAAGCAAAAAAUAAUUUGUGUGUUUUUAAAGAAGGUAUAUUUUUCAUGUGAGUUGAAUCUUUAUGUAGUUGAUAAAUUAAGAUAUGUUUUAUAAGGGCUUUUAAUUAAAGAAAAUGAGGUUAAUAAGUAACUACAUUAAAGUUGAUAAGAAACCUGAAAGUAUUUUAGUUAAAUAUGAUCCAGCUGAUUAUCUUGAACAUUGUUGUUAUUAACUGGUUUUGUAUAUUGAAAUACAUGAUGCUGUUACUUAAUUACUUUUUAAAAAACGUUGUUCACACCUAAAGACCUGAAUAAAUGAAAAAUGGCAAUA